ACAACAUAUUUCAGUUUUCUUAUCUUCUUUUCACUAUCUUAUUUUUAAAUUAAAAAAAAAGGAAAAAAGAGAAAACAUAGAAAAAUAUUUUUUUUAACCUUUCUCUACAUUUCAUAUAGAGGUUAAUAUAUACAUUUGAUUAAAUUACAAUGGAGUCUUACAUCGUAAAGAUCACAAUAAUUCUUUAUAUAACAAUAACAACUACUGAAGCGACAUUUCUUCUUCCUUUGAUUUUGGGAGGGGGGUUACACCAUAUGCGAUAUAGAGGUGAUGCACGUUUUGGUGGUACAUAUAAUCAUGAAAUUGGAGGAUCCGGUGGAUAUAGUGUAGGAGGAAAUAAAGAUAUUUAUGGCGGAACUCGGGGGGUAGAUCAAGGGGCAAGCCAAGGGACAGCCCAAGGCCAAGCACAAUUCGGUUCAAACAUGGAAUUUCGUAAACAAUUUGGAGGUUCUAGUAGCUUUAACAUCGGUGGUAACAAAGAAAUUUCUAGUUCAGGCCAAGUAUCGGGUGUGGGCCAAGGGUCAGGUGAAGGUCAAGGACAAUCCCAAUAUAGUAGCAACAAUAAGCAAGGUGGAGGUUCUGUAGGCUCCAGUUUUAGUGGAAACUCGGGAGUUUCAGGUUCAAGGCAAGAGUUGGGUUAUGAAUCAGGCUCCAAUCAAGGCAUUGGAGGUUCCGUAGGCUCUAGUUUCGGUGCAAAAGGGGGAGCAUCGGGUUCAAGCCAAGGGUCAACUAUAACAUCAAGCUCAAGCCAAGGUUUAGGGCAAGGGUCAUCCCAAGUGUCAACCUCAAGCCAAGGGGCAAGCGGAAUUCAUGGGGUAGGUCAAGGGGCAGGCCAAGGGACAACCCAAGGUCAAGCACAAUUCGGUUCCGACAUGGAAUUUCGUAAAAAAUUUGGAGGUUCUGGUAGCUUUAAAAUCGGUGGUAAAAAAGAAAUUUCUAGUUCAGGAGAAGUAUCGGGUGUGGGCCAAGGGUCAGGUCAAGGCCAGGGGCAAUCCCAAAUGAGUAGCAACAAUAAGCAAGAUGGAGGUUCUGUAGGCUCCAGUUUUAGUGGAAACUCGGGAGUUUCGGGUUCAAAGCAAGGGUUAGGCCAAGAAUCGGGCUCCAAUCAAGGACUUGGAGGUUCUGUAGGCUCUAGUUUCGGUGCAAAAGUGGGAGCAUCGGGUUCAAGCCAAGGGUCAACCAAAGUAUCAACCUCAAGCCAAGGGGCAAGCGGAACUCAAGGGGUAGGUCAAGGGGCAGGCCAAGGGACAACCCAAAGUCAAGCACAAUUCGAUUCCGACAUGGAAUUUCGUAAAAAAUUUGGAGGUUCUGGUAGCUUUAACAUCGGUGGUAAAAAAGAAAUUUAUGGUUCUGGAGAAGUAUCGGGUGUGGGACAAGGGUCAGGUCAAGGCCAGGGACAAUCCCGAAUGAGUAGCAACAAUAAGCAAGUUGGAGGUUCUACAGGCUCCAAUUUUAGUGGAAACUCGGGAGUUUCAGGUUCAAGGCAAGGGUUGGGCCAAGAAUCGGGCUCCAAUCAAGGCCUUGGAGGAUCCGUUGGUUCUAGUUUCGGUGCAAAAGCAGGAGCAUCGGGUUCAAGCCAAGGGUCAACCAAAACCUCAAGCUCAAGCCAAGGUUCGGGGCAAAGUUCAUCCCAAGUAUCAAGCUCAAUCCAUGGUUCAGGAAAAGAUCAAGGUCAAUCUCAGUCGGUAGUUUCAGGUCUAAGGAAAGGAUCCGACCAACAAUCGAGCUCUAAUAAAGACUUCGAACAAGGUCAUGCUCAUACGGGUAAUAGUCUUAACUUUCAUAAACAAAUUAGAGGUUCCACAGUCUCUAGUUCCAGUGCGAAAGAGGGAGCAUCGAGUUCAAGUCAAGGGUCAACCAAAACAUCAAGCUCAAGCCAAGGUUCAAGGCAAGGGUCACCCCAAGUAUCAGCUCAAUCAAGCAACAACAUUAACUUUGAUAAACAUGGUUCUAGUUUAGGAAGUGGUACUUUUGGUUCUAGCCAAGCAUCAGGCUUAAGCAAAGGAUCAAACCUUGAUCAAACACAAUUAGGUAGCAAAGUCAAUGUUCAUAAACAAACUGCAAAAUCUAUAGGUUCCAAUAUGGGUUCAAAUGUGGGUGUUUUAGGUUCUACCCAAGAAUCAAGAUCAAGCCAAAGUAAAACUACAAAAUCAGGUCAAACAUCAGGCACAAUAUUUGGUUUAGGUGAAGCCCAAGUGUCAGGAGCCACACAAAAUCAAGGCUCUAUUAAAAAAUCGAAUCAAUAUUCAGGUGGAAGUUCUGGUUCAUCUUCAGGGUCAUCUGCAAAUCAAGCACAGUUUGGACAAGGUUCAAAUCAAUUUUAUAGCCAUAGUCAAAGUCAAAGUCAUAGUCAUAGUCAUGCAUCACAUGGUUCUUUUUCAAAGUCUUCAAGUCAAUCAUCUUCUGGAAAGUGCACAUGCCAAGAUUCAACUAACCCAUCAUCCAACCGUUCUUCUAGAAAACUCUUGGUUAAAGCCUAGUAGAAAAACUAAUAAAAUCCCUCAACCCUCGGGUUUUCAUGGUUCAAUAAUCAAUGUUUAUACAUUUUUGAGUAGGGGCGAGGCAAGGAAAUAAAAUCUCCACAACAAAACACCCUCAUCUUAAAAGAUUUAAACCAUAAACCUCUAAGAUCUAAAGCAAAACUCUUACCAAGUAAGUAGUUGGAGAGUUUAUUAUGGAAAAGCUUGUAUCGGCCCGAGUUCCUGUGCUUCUAUUAAAAAAUUUGGUUUUUGGAUGAAAGUUUAAAUUGAUAUAUAGAUUCAAAUGCUUCAUUGAUAGUACCCUAUUCAGCUUGAUAUACAUAUUCUACUCAUAAGAAAUGGGCUAACACAAUAUUAGAACUUCA